CCAAGGACGAGCUUCAGGUCAUCUGAAAGUCCGCGAGCAUCUUCCGACAGACACCGAGCACCGGAGGAGACAACCGGGACAACCGGGACUCAUUGAUCAAUAACACGGACCGAGCAGAGCACGUGACGGUGUGUGUGGAGAGACGCGUUGCAGCGCGCGGUGAAUCAACAGGACGAGAUCAACAAUGUCACCGGGUAUUAAUGCCGUUAACAUGUGAGAGAAAAACAGCACCCCCCCUACAGAAGAGAACAGGCUCCGGUGAGGAAAAACACAAUCGUGACCGGAGCUUUCCCCCGGUUUAACAUUUGAUCCAUUUAUUAAUUAUUAUUAAAUCAACAACCUGAGAGGCGCGCGCCCCCCGGGCUGACACCGGGAGGAUGACCAGGAUCUAAAUAAAUCACGGACGGAGAAAUCAACAGGAGAGCACGCAGUACCGGAAUCCGUUCUGCAACAUGGAGCUCCAUGGCGUACUCCUCCUCGCCCUGCUGCAGCUGCUCUCGGUGGCUCGGGGGGGCUGUGAGCCCCGGCAGGUGAACCUGGGCGCUGUGCUGAGUCAGAAGAGAUACGAGCAGGUGUUCAAGGACGCGGUGAGCACCGCCAACCUGCUGUACGGGAGGGACAAGUUCCGGAUGAACGCCAUCUCCGUCACGCACAAGCCCAACGCCAUCCAGAUGGCCCUGUCCGUCUGCGAGGACCUCAUCUCCAACCAGGUUUAUGCUAUCCUGGUCAGUCACCCCCCUCAGUCCAACGACCACCUGACCCCGACCCCGGUCUCCUACACCGCCGGGUUCUACCGGAUCCCGGUGGUCGGCCUCACGACGCGCAUGUCCAUCUACUCCGACAAGAGCAUCCACCUGUCUUUCCUCCGCACGGUGCCCCCGUUCUCCCACCAGGCUCAGGUGUGGUUCGACCUGAUGAGGGAGUUCAGGUGGAACCACAUCAUCCUCAUCGUGAGCGACGACCAUGAGGGACGCGCCGCUCAGAAGAGACUGGAGACGCUGCUGGAGGAGCGCGAGACCAAGACUAAAAACAGGAACUAUGAAAGCGACCAUCAGAACUUUGACUUCCGGAGAACGCCCAAGGCGGAGAAGGUGCUGUCCUUCAGCCCGGAGACCAACCUGACGGCUCUGCUGUUGGAGGCCAAAGACCUGGAGGCUCGGGUCAUCAUCCUCUCUGCCAGUGAGGACGAGGCGGCGGCCGUGUACAAGGCGGCGCGGCAGCUGAACAUGACGGGGUCGGGAUACGUGUGGCUGGUGGGAGAGAGAGAGAUGACGGGGAAGGCUCUGAGCGAGGCGCCUGACGGCCUGCUGGGCCUCCAGCUGAUUAACGGUAAGAACGAGUCGGCGCACAUAGCGGACGCGGUGGCGGUGGUGGCUCAGUCGCUGCAGGAGCUGUUUGAGAAGGAGAACAUCACGGAGCCUCCGCGGGGCUGCGUGGGGAACACCAACAUCUGGAGGACCGGGCCACUCUUUAAGCGAGUGCUGAUGUCAUCGAAGUAUCCUGACGGUCUCACGGGACGCAUCGAGUUCAACGACGACGGCGACCGGCGCUUCGCCACGUACAGCAUCCUGAAUUACCAGCAGAAGCCUGGGCGCCUCGUCCAGGUCGGGGUCUUCAACGGGUCACAGGUUGUGAUGAACCCUCAGAGGAAGAUCAUCUGGCCCGGAGGAGAGACGGAGAAACCAGUUGGAUAUCAGAUGUCGACUAAACUGAAGAUCGUGACCAUCCACCAGGAGCCCUUUGUUUACGUGAAACCUACAAAGACUGAUGGGACGUGUAAAGAGGAGUUCACAGUCAACGGAGUCCUGAUCAAGAAGGUGAUCUGCACCGGGCCAAACGGGACCAUCCCAGGUCAUCCCAUCGUCCCUCAGUGUUGCUAUGGUUUCUGCAUCGACCUGCUCAUCAAGCUGGCGAUGAGCAUGAACUUCACCUACGAGGUUCACCUGGUGGCUGAUGGGAAGUUCGGCACGCAGGAGCGCGUGAACAACAGCAAUAAGAAGGAGUGGAACGGCAUGAUGGGGGAGCUGCUGGGGGGGCUGGCCGACAUGAUCGUGGCCCCCCUGACCAUCAACAACGAGCGGGCCCAGUACAUCGAGUUCUCCAAACCAUUCAAGUACCAGGGUCUCACCAUCCUUGUCAAGAAGGAAAUCCCGCGCAGCACUCUGGACUCCUUCAUGCAGCCGUUCCAGAGCACACUGUGGCUGUUAGUCGGUCUGUCGGUCCACGUGGUGGCAGUGAUGCUUUACCUAUUAGACCGGUUCAGCCCGUUUGGAAGGUUUAAAGUGAACAGUGAAGAAGAAGAAGAAGACGCCCUCACCCUGUCCUCCGCCAUGUGGUUCUCAUGGGGGGUUCUGUUGAACUCUGGGAUUGGAGAAGGAGCUCCCAGGAGUUUUUCCGCGAGGAUUCUGGGAAUGGUGUGGGCAGGAUUCGCUAUGAUCAUCGUAGCAUCGUAUACUGCCAACCUGGCAGCCUUCCUUGUGUUGGACCGGCCUGAGGAGCGCAUCACUGGCAUCAACGACCCCAGGCUGCGUAACCCGUCAGAUAAGUUCAUCUACGCCACAGUGAAGCAAAGCUCGGUGGAUAUCUACUUCAGACGGCAGGUGGAGCUGAGCACCAUGUACCGGCACAUGGAGAAGCACAACUACGAGAGCGCCGCCGAGGCCAUCGUGGCCGUCAGAGACAAUAAGCUUCAUGCCUUCAUCUGGGACAGCGCUGUGUUGGAGUUUGAGGCGUCGCAGAAGUGCGACCUGGUGACGACCGGAGAGCUGUUCUUCCGCUCCGGAUUCGGGAUCGGGAUGAGGAAAGACAGUCCCUGGAAACAGAACGUUUCUCUGGCCAUUCUCAGCUCUCAUGAGAACGGCUUCAUGGAGGAUCUGGACAAGACGUGGGUCCGGUACCAGGAGUGCGACUCCAGGAGCAACGCCCCCGCUACCCUCACAUUCGAGAACAUGGCAGGUGUUUUCAUGCUGGUUGCCGGGGGCAUCGUCGCCGGGAUAUUCCUCAUCUUCAUCGAGAUCGCGUACAAACGACACAAAGACGCUCGCAGGAAACAGAUGCAGCUGGCCUUCGCUGCCGUGAACGUCUGGAGGAAGAACUUGCAGGAUAGGAAAAGUAGAGCAGAGGCCGAGUCCAAAACCUCUUUUAGGUCCAUCACUGCGGCUACCGACCUCACGCGCCGUAGGGCCUCCGGGGACGCCACGCCGUAUCCAACUGACAUCACCGGCCAGCUCAACCUAUCGGAUCCCUCUGUCAGCACUGUGGUCUAA